AUGGAUGAGAAUUUUUUACGGGCACAUUUUCACAUUAUUGUUCUGAGGCCUUGCGAUGAAACAGCCAGAUUGAAGAAAAAUGUUGCUUUCAGUAUGAUCAAAAGCAUUGUCAGUUAUUCUCUGUCAUUGGCCUUUUUGAUGGUCACUAACAGCGUGGAAAAAUUGCAUUUAGAACCGAGAAGUUUAAUGAUGAAAAAAAAAGACAAAAAUCCCCUUCAUCACAAUAAAAAAAAUUCCAAACUAAUUUUCACAUACAAAACAGUCAUAACUUCCGUUCGUGAGUCGAAUGUUUUCCUCAUUCUUGUUAUUUUGUGUCCACUAAGAACGAUGAUGAACGAUGUGGAAAGAAUAGAAUAG